GGCGGGUUUUAUUAUUUACAAAACGCAACUGCGCAUGCGCUGUGGGCCCCGUGGAUAAACAAACCUUCAGUUCAGAGAAACACCAGCGAGACGUUAUACUCCAGAAAAGCGAUGAACACAGACUCGUCUCUCCUCGGCUCAGAGCUGGAGCUCCAGCAGCAGGAAGAGAUUUACCAACAGCUGCUGAUGCAGACGGUGGGAAAAAUGCCGACUGAAAAUCCAGAAUCCAAAGUGAUCCGACCGCAGCCCGGUCUGUGUGUGAAGACCGUCACAGAGCCAGAUAAACAGAAGAUCUUUGUGAACGUCUGCCAGUCUCCGGUCGUCCCUCUUCCUCCGGAGAUCUCCAGAGACGAGCUGGUGGAUCUGCUUCAGUCUGAAGACCCCAGUGGGUUCAGAGUCCCCAUGAGCCUCGGAGAGCCGCACACCGAGACCGACAACAACUCCCAGGCCUGCACCGCGUACGACGUCGUCAUCAACCAGGAAUUCUUCCAGAAGUGCCAGACAGAUCCGUUGUUCCAGCAGUUUGUUAUUCUGGUGUCUUUGGAGGGUCUGGAGAACAAAUACAACCUGGAGCUGAGCAGAGACUGGAAGGUGCUGAAGAACAGGAAGUUUUUGGGUUCUCUCGUGGAUCAGAACAUCCGGACGAAGAGUCGACCGGUGAUCCAGGAGCUGCAGCCAGAGUUCAGCUCCACUGCUGCAGCUACAAGACCAGAGUUCUCGUUGCUGGUGGAGCCCCCUGCUGGAGACCCCGAGUUCCUCAUCGCAGAGAUAAAGCUCCCUGGAGUGCGCUCGUCCCGCUCUCUGGUUCUGGAUCUGGGCGAGGACCGGCUGCUGCUCACAGCUCGACCCUCGCUAUAUCACCUCGACAUCUUCCAUCCAUUCAGCAUCGAGCAGGAGAGCAGCGUGGCUCAGUUCAACAGCAACACACAGAUCCUCACAGUCACUAUGCCUGUGGUGUCUUCAUGAAACUACAAAUGUAAUGUUUAUUUAUUGCCAAAAAUGAUGCUGUGAUAAUAAAAGUGUUUUCUAUGAA